UACGAAAAGCGGUCUUGGCCUGUUGUUAUUGAUUUGGUAUUGCAAAAUACAAUUUUUUGCAUCUUGGAUCAAGAAGACAAGCAAGAAGCACUUCAUCAUUUAACAAGUUUCAAUAGUAAACCUCUUCUUCCUCUUCUUAAGCAUCAAGAAAUCCAACAUCAUCAAAUACCAGAUCAUUUGUUUCAUAAUCUAUAUUUAAUUCUUCAUCAGAAUAACUU